AUGUCGAGACGGUUAAAGAUGGUUGUGACCGACGCCGAAUGCACGUACAAGUUCGGACCGGACGACAGUUGUAAACGAGCCGCGAAACCCGCGAGACCAGUCGUUCGCAGAGACGCCACCGCGGCCGAGAACAACGGGACGACGACGCGGCGACCGCGGAAACCGAAGCCGGCCGCGGACCGCGACCGGUUGCGCGAUUCCAUUUUCUGCGUGACGUCCGACGACGGCGACGACGACUGUUUGUCCGGCGGAUCGGACGACGUGAGCCUGUCGCUGUCGGACGGGUGGCCGCCGUCCGACGGCGCGACCGGACCGCCCCCGCCGGCCGCAGACGUACCGGACAUACGGAACUAUGACCGGCACCCGGAGCACGUGAUACGCACGACGCGGCGACGGGACAACAAACUUCACGACGUCUCCGCGCAGAAAAUACUCGAAUCAUAUUUUAACGACCAAAUCCGGGUAAUAAAAUAA